AUGACAAGCUCAUCUGCUCCCAGAAUGGUGAAUAGUUACAAGCGGACUUCCAGCCCCAGAUCACCUACAAACUGUGGGGAGCUUUUCACCCCAGCACAUGAGGAAAAUGUGCGAUUUAUCCAUGACACUUGGCAGUUUGUGCUCAGAGAAAUCAGAUCAGCACAAAAUACCGAGCGUAAUGACCGCGGACCACAGGAAUACGUUGAGAAGAAUCCAAAUCCUAACCUUCACUCUUUCACGCCAGUGGACCUGACUGACCUCAAGAAACGUAACACACAGGACUCGAAGAAGUCUUAG